AGUUAAUCCCACUCCCACUUCCAUAUCGGCGUAACGCUCCUGUAAACUAAUCCACUUCUACUUCCGCUUCCGCUCGCGGUUCCAGAUCUCUCCCUGCACAUCUGCAUCCACUCACACUCGAGGGAGAGGGAGAGGGGGAGAGAUGAGGGAGAGGGGAGAGAUGAGGGAGGCGAAGGCGCCUCUGAUCGCGGAGGCGGCGGAGCACAUAUCCCAUUCCCACGGCUCCGGGUCGUCCGGCACCGGCAGCCACACCAGCGGCGGCGGCGGCGGGUGGAGGGGCUCGAGGCAGUACCAGCGCCGCUCGGACGCCCUCGCCUACGGCAACCGGUACCAGAAGGCGGCCGCCCUCGUCGACCUCGCAGAAGAUGGUGUGGGUAUCCCUGAGGAUGUCUUGAAUGACACAAGGUUUGAGAGGGCUAUGAGAUUCUAUUUUGUGUAUCUCCGGUUGGAUUGGCUGUGGUCACUUAACCUAUUUGCUUUGAUUCUUUUGAAUUUUCUCGAGAAGCCUCUCUGGUGCCGGGGAUAUUCUCAACAUGCUUGUGAUCAAAGGGAUCUUUACUUUCUGGGGCAGUUGCCAUACUUGAGCAAAACUGAAUCUCUCAUAUAUGAGGGGCUCACACUUGUUAUUCUUGUAAUGGAUAUCUUCUAUCCACUGUCCUAUGAAGGUUUAAACCUAUUCUGGAAGAACACAAUAAAUAAACUGAAGGUUCUUCUUCUCUUCAUCUUAGCAUGUGACAUACUGGUGUUUGCAUUUAGUCCCCAACCUUUCAGAGUAGCUCCUUACAUCCGUGUUGCGUUUCUAAUAAUGAAUAUCAGGGAACUGCGAAUGUGUGCUGUUACACUGGUUGGUAUGGUUGGGACAUACCUUAAUGUUUUGGCCCUUUCACUAUUGUUCCUCUUAUUCGCAAGCUGGCUAGCUUAUGUAACAUUUGAGGAUACACCACAAGGAAAGACUGUUUUCUCGUCAUAUGGUACCACGUUAUAUCAGAUGUUUAUUCUCUUCACCACCUCCAAUAAUCCUGAUGUAUGGGUUCCUGCUUAUAAGAGCUCUCGUUGGUCCUCACUAUUUUUUAUUGUCUACGUACUUUUGGGAGUUUACUUCCUAACAAAUUUAAUUCUUGCUGUCAUUUAUGAUAGCUUUAAGGAGCAGCUAGCAAAGCAAGUUUCUCAGGCAGACUGUACAAGGAAAAGUAUACUAGAGAAGGCAUUUGGUAUCAUUGAUGCUACUGGUCAGGGUUAUCUCAACAAAGAACAGUGCCUAUCAUUACUAGAUGAGCUCAACAAAUACAGAUCGUUACCUAAAACCUCAAGGGAAGAUUUUGAAUUAAUUUUUGCCGAGCUUGAUCAGAGUGGUGAUUUUAAGGUUACCUCUGAAGAAUUUGCUACACUGUGCAAUACCAUUGCAAUAAAAUUCCAGAAAGAACCACCUCCAUCCUAUCUCGAGAAGUAUCCAUCUUUCUAUCAUUCAGCACUGUGUGAAUGGUUGAAAUCUUUUGUGCGGAGCCCACUGUUUGAGUAUAUUGUUAUUUUUGUUCUUCUGAUGAAUCUAGUCGCUGUCAUUAUUGAAACAACGCUGGAUAUAGAAAACAGCUCCUCGCAGAAAGUGUGGCAAGAAGUUGAGUUUGUCUUUGGAUGGAUUUACGUUAUAGAGAUGGCACUCAAAAUAUUUUCAUUAGGAUUUGGUGCCUACUGGAUGGAAGGUCAAAACAAGUUUGAUUUUGUGCUUACUUGGACUAUAUUUAUUGGAGAGACUCUAACAUUUGCCUUCCCAUCGAAGCUUUCUUUUCUUUCAAAUGGAGAAUGGAUUCGGUACCUUCUUCUUGGAAGGAUGUUACGCUUGACAAGAAUUCUGUUGCAAGUUCGGCGUUUCAGAGCAUUUGUUGCAACAUUCUUUACUCUGAUGUCUAGCUUGAUGCCAUAUUUGGGGAUUGUAUUCUGCACCCUUUGCAUUUACUGCUCCCUUGGUUUGCAGAUAUUUGGGGGCAUUGUGUAUGCAGGAAAUCCAACACUAGAAGAAACCGAUCUCUUCAGUAACGACUAUCUUCUUUUUAACUUCAAUGACUAUCCAAGUGGUAUGGUAACUCUGUUCAAUUUGUUAGUGAUGGGCAAUUGGCAAGCUUGGAUGGAGAGCUACAGGCAAUUGACUGGAAGUUAUUGGAGCCUGAUUUAUUUUGUCAGCUUUUACCUCAUUUCAGUAUUACUGCUGCUUAAUCUGAUUGUAGCAUUUGUGUUGGAGGCAUUUUUUGCUGAGAUGGAACUGGAGAAAGAUGGCGAAGCUGAUAUCCAGGAUCCUACUUUGGAAGGAAGAAACAGGCGGCGAUCUGUGCGUGUGAGGACAAAGGGGACCAUGGUUGAUAUUCUUCUUCACCAUAUGUUGAGCAAUGAACUUGAUGGAUCUCAAAACCGUGACCAAUAGCUUAUCUUCAUGGCCCUGCAGGAAGAAAGCAAGAACAGAAAAAAAAAAGGAAAUGAUUAGAGCCGGUUCUCGAGCAUGGAGUUAUGUUUUGUUAUGUCAGGUACUCAGGUGCAAAGGAAUCUUGGUGAGGUGAUGGAAAGGACUCUGCUUGUCAUACUUUAGUUGUCAAGGAGAACAGCAGAUGUGUUCUCUUUCUGCUCCAAAGGAGACCUUAAAGGAGCUUUUUUUUAAAAGUAAAUAUUGUAGGAGAUUCUCCUACAGUGCAUAUAUAUUUAUACAAAGGAGCUCUUUUUGUAUAGGAUUAAAAUGUGCUAAUGGUUCUGGUGAUUUUCUUUUUUGAAAACUUUACAGGUUAUUAUAGCCAUAAUACUCCACAUUUCCUUAUUGUUAUACUAUAUACACGUUAUAAGUUUUGAUAUUUUCUCUCAUCCUUCAA